GAAUGCAUCAGACACUUCGCAUUGGUUGGGGAAACUGUUUACUGCGCGUAUGUAACUAACUCAAAUGCUUUACGGCGUAUUUACUUUACCAGUCGGUAACUGACACACCUGCAGUAGUUUAGUCAGUCAGAUUUAUCUCCUACAGAACAAAAUUUAUCUCUGCGAUGGCAAAGACUAUUGAGCCUAAGUUUAAAAUGGUAACUAAAGAUAUAGAUGGUUCAGAAGGACCAGUCUUUGACACGAAGGGCAGAUUUUAUGCAGUAGCGCCUAUGGAAUCUGCAGACGAUAACAGGGAAACGGGACAGUUUUUGGACGGCAUAGCAGGGAAACUGUACAGUGUGAAUUUAAACACUGGAGAAAAACAAGUCGUUUGUACACCGCAAUUCAACGGCUAUGGUGGGAGACCGGCAGGUUGUCAAUCUGAUAAAGAGGAUAAUAUUUGGAUAGCUGAUAUGCGGUUAGGGCUGUUGAAAUACGACGGAAAGGGGAAUUGCAAGCAGUUUAGUGUUGUGGACACGGAUGGCAAUCCAUUAAACGGUGCGAACGACUUGGUUUUCGACGAUGACGGAAAUCUUUGGUUCACGGGACCUGGCAGUCCAGUUGCCCCGUCUGUGGAGGACAGAACAACUAUAUUUGCAGAACCUACUGGUAGAAUUUACUGCCUUCCAAAGGGCAGCGAGGUACCGAUAAAAGUGGACGACAACUUCCGGUUCUGUAAUGGCAUUGCUGUUACCGGUAAAUUGCUACUCGUUGCUGAGACGAUGACGAAGCAAAUAAUCGCUUAUGACGUCACAGGGCCUGGUAACGUGACCAACCGUAGAAUCUGGUCCAAGGUGCCGAAAGGGGCAGAACAAGGGGGACCUGAUGGAAUGGAUUUCGAUGAAAGAGGGUGCCUACUCGUGGCCAACCAUGGAGGAUCUCACAUUGAAGUUUACCCGCCAGAGGGCGGAGACGAGCCUAUUAUUCGAGUCCGCUGUCCCUUCAAAACGCCGAGCAACGUACAUUUUGCACAAAACUCAAACGUUUGUUACGUCACCGAGCAUGACACUAAUGGCGUCUGGGCCUUUGAGUGGGACUGCAAAGGCGCUCUAAUGUACUGUGACAAAUAGGACCGGUAAUUGCGUCAUUAAAACAGUGUAUUUCAAAUA